AUGUACCCGACGCUCGUGCUGCUGGGCCUCGCUGCCCUCCUGGGUGCCUCCCAGGGCCGCACGGAUUGCUACGGCAGCGUAAGCAGAAUUAACACCCCUGGAGCUUCAUGCAAAACGGCAAAGCCGGAGGGUUUAUCCUACUGCGGAGUCAGGGCUUCAGAAAAGAUUGCUGAACGGGACCUAAGAGCUAUGAAUCAAUAUAAAGCAAUCAUUAAGAAAGUUGGUGAAAAACUGUGCGUUGAACCAGCCCUGAUCGCUGGCAUCAUCUCCCGGGAAUCUCACGCCGGCGCAGCACUGAAGAAAGGCUGGGGAGACAAUGGAAAUGGGUUUGGUUUAAUGCAGGUUGACAAAAGAUCACAUAAACCUGUGGGACAAUGGAACAGCGAAGCUCAUAUUAACCAGGGCACAAACAUACUUAUCAGCAUGAUAAAGACAAUACAGAAGAAGUUCCCGCGUUGGACAAAGGAUCAACAGCUGAAAGGUGGUAUUUCUGCCUACAACGCUGGUCCUGGCAACGUCCGGAGCUACGACAGGAUGGACGUUGGCACCACCCACAAUGACUACUCUGACGACGUGGUCGCACGCGCCAAGUAUUUCAAGGCACACGGGUACUAG